GCAAGCAACAUUGCAACACCCCUCAAAAACCUCUGCCCCGCGUAACCUGGGAAAAAGGAUCGACGAACAAAAUCUGCCUUUGUUCCAGUGGAUCAAGCGCAUCGGCAUCUCCUCGUCCCCCUCCUUUCCCCUCCGAAGGAAAAGCAUCUCUUGCGCAUAGGCUACCAUAUUCCUAGCCUUCGACUUAAACUAAAAGGCAGAGGCGCCUUUUCUUUGCUCCGUCGCCAUGGCUUCCCCAAGAUUUCCUCUUCUUCUCCGCCUCGUCCCCCUCGUUCUGCUCUGCCUCUCACCGGCGUGCGCCGCCGGGAGAGUCCCGGUAUCGGUCUACUACGAGACGCUGUGCCCGUUCUGCUCCGCGUUCGUCGUGAACGACCUCGCCAGGAUCUUCCACGACGGCGUCUCCAUCGCUGACCUCAGGCUAGUCCCAUUCGGCAAUGGGCGCGUCUCCGCCGACGGAUCCAUUACCUGCCAGGCCCGUGUCUGCCACCGUAGCAUUCUCUCUGUCGAAUUGGAUAUGUUCCUCAAGAAAUUCAAGCGAAAUUUGGGAAGAAUUGAAGUCCAUUCUUCUGAUCUUAGUCUGCACUCUGCAGCUAGCUACUCGCAUUCAGUUUGGUGGCCAUUGUUAAACGCAAUCGGGAGUAUGGUGUUUUCUGUGCUACAUGGAGAGGGCGAGUGCCAACUCAACGCUAUAGAAGCUUGUGUGAUCAGGCUAUGGCCUAAUGCGGAGCAGCAUUUCCCUUUCGUUCAAUGCGUUGAGCGUUUAGCACUGACACGGAAAUGGGACGCCUGGCAGUCUUGCUUUCAGGAAACUGGCCUGGUCUCUCAGCCCGUCAUUGACUGCUACAACUCAGGAUAUGGCAGGCAGCUUGAGCUGCAGAAUGCUGCCGAGACAAAUGCUCUUCAGCCUCCUCAUCAGUUUGUGCCAUGGGUGGUCGUUAAUGGGAAACUGCUUGGUGAGGAUUACAUGAACUUUGAGGCCUACAUCUGCAGCUUUUACGAUGGCGAACUUCCAGAGGCGUGCAAGGGGAAGCACCUAGCAAUCGCUCAACACACGAGAACGAGCGGAGGAGACAAGAGGAAUCCGAACGAGGUGGCGGUUGCACUUGCCAUUGGUAUUGCCCUAUGGUUCGGAUUAUGAAGCGACGUCCCCUCAAGAUCAAGUAGUCAAAAUUUUCAGCAGCAGGCAGAUCACGGAGCCAGUCCACAAUAGACUAACAGAUAACAGCAUUCUGCAACAGGAACCUGAAAAUUUCGUUGUCAACAACAGAGGCAGGCAAGCAAAUUGCUUCGAUCUGCCUUUGUUUAACUGUAAAGAUCAAAGUGAUUCAUUGACCCAGAUAAGAUAAAUUGGAGUCCUUUUGUCCAUAACAACUGAAACCGCAAGCAGUACUGACAGUACUGAUAAAUUGGAUUCGGUACGUGGCAGAGCAGUUAGCGCCCUUUUACGUAUC